ACGUCUGUGCUGCCUUCGAUGAAAGUAACGAAAUGGUAAAACGGAUGAACAUUUAUUAAUCGUGCGUCGGAACUCCUCAUUGCCGGGGGUUUGCCUCGUACGUUCUAUGUUUGAACUCAUACCGCAAGUGACUCUCCCUUCUACUUUCUCCACGCUGGUCACUACUUCCGUGCUCCGCCUCUUUGAUGGCGGCGUCCUAGAUAUCAGAAACCAGCACAGGAGCUAGUGAAAACUGUGCCCAAAACAAGCAAUUACCUACGAGGCGUCACGCGAGAGCGAUGGACAAGGCGAAGCAAGGAGAACCAGCAACCCACAAUAGCCACGGACUAAAGCCUGCCAGCGUUGACUCGUUGGAAGGUUCGGAAAGCGGCUCGCUAAACUCCAAGCUCGGCCCUCGGUCUGUGGGCAGCCACAGCUCUCACUCGCCUUCAAAGUCGCUCUGUUCGUCCUCUUCGACAUCCACGGAAAACAUGCAACUCACGCAGGAGCUCAAGAUGCGAGAGGUGUCCAAGGUGACAAAGACGCAGGAGCCGCCUCUGCUGCCUGGAGAGCAGCCGCAUGUUGUUCAGAAAGCACGAGAUGUCACCUACUUGUGCCCGUUCCAAGGCCCCAUUCGCGGCUGCCUCUUCAUCACUAACUACAAGCUGUACUUUCGCAGUGUUGAGAAGAAUUCCCGCUCCAAACAGUUCACUGAGCCACGAUUCACGCUCGAAGUCCCACUCGGCGUCGUGAGUCGCAUAGAGAAGGUUGGCUACGCGUCCAGUCGUGGAGAGAAUGCAUACGGCAUCGAGCUCUUCUGCAAGGAUCUGCGCAGUCUGAAGUUUGCCCAUAAGCAGGAGAACCACUCGCGCCGAGACAUCUUCGACAAACUGCACAAGCUGGCCUUCCCACUCUCCAACAGCCUGCCGUUGUUUGCCUUUGAGUACGGUGGACGAUUCACCGUGAACGGCUGGGCUGUUUAUGACCCAUUGGCCGAGUACCGACGUCAGGGCCUGCCCACCGAGAGCUGGCGACUGAGCCGGGCAAAUGAGAACUACCAAUUGUGUGACACCUAUCCUGCCAUUCUAGCCGUUCCAGCUGCUGCCGAUGACAGUCUUUUGGAAGCAGUGGCCAGUUUUAGAAGCCGGGGCCGCAUUCCUGUUCUGUCCUGGAUCCACCCAGAGGGACAGGCAACCAUAACCCGUUGCAGUCAGCCCAAUGUUGGUGUGAGCGGCAAACGCAGUGCAGAGGACGAGAGCUACCUGCAGAUGAUCAUGGAUGCCAAUGCACAUUCGCAUAAGCUCUUCAUAAUGGACGCUCGACCUAGCGUGAAUGCUGUGGCCAACAAGGCAAAAGGUGGUGGUUACGAGAGCGAUGAGGCAUACCGGUGCACCGAGCUGUGUUUCCUGGACAUUCACAACAUCCACGUGAUGCGGGAGAGUCUGCGCAAGCUCAAGGAGACCUGCUUUCCCAGCGCAGCCGACGAAUCUCGCUGGCUGUCUGCGCUCGAGGCCACCCACUGGCUACAGCAUGUUCGUGCCGUACUGGCUGGGGCCUUGCGCGUCGAUCGCCUCGAAGGGGCCAAGGGGUCGGUGCUGGUACACUGCUCGGACGGAUGGGACCGUACCGCACAGCUGACCAGUCUGGCCAUGCUCAUGCUCGACCCUUACUACCGCACCAUCCGGGGCUUUGAGGUGCUCGUUGAGAAGGAGUGGCUCAGCUUUGGCCACAAGUUCGCUCAGCGCAUUGGUCACGGAGACGACAAGCACUCAGACGCAGACCGGUCACCUGUUUUUCUCCAGUUCAUUGACUGCACAUGGCAGAUUAUGAACCAAUUCAAAAAUGCCUUUGAAUUCAACGAGCACUUUCUCAUCACUAUCCUGGACCAUCUCUACAGCUGCCUGUUUGGCACAUUCCUCUACAACUCUGAGCAACAGAGAGUUAAAGAGAAUGUACGUGAACGGACCCAGUCACUGUGGUCGAUGGUGAACAGUGAGAUCGACGAGUACACCAACCCGUUGUAUGCCAGCUACCCACAGCAGCACGUCUUGUUCCCGGUGGCCAGUCUGCGUCGUAUCCAGCUCUGGAAAGGCUACUACUGCCGCUGGAACCCACGCAUGCGCCUUCAGGAACCAUUGCAAGUGCGUAGCCGAGAGCUCCUUCAGUUGCGUGCACAACUGCAGAGGCAGCUAGAGGAACUGAAGAAGGAGCACGAAUCCAAGAUGUCACGCAUCCCACCUAGAGUCUCAUCACCCAUCACUGUUUAGCACCGUUGGCUGUGAAUGUUGCGCGGUACAUCCCCAAGGUGCUACGGAGACACUUUGCAAACUUGAAAGAAAGCCUUCCUACUCCUCGGACAUGUCGCUGAUUUGCUCAUCGAAGCCGUUUCCUGGAUGUCGUUGCCUGCAGUGUUGCGUCAGGCUGCAUCAUCUAUCUCCCCAUGAACUUCGCGCUUUACUGGACCUCUCACCCCACUGGUUAAUUGAAGUGCGGACAUUUUUCUUGUAUUUCUAUAAGCCACGUCAUUCGCCGUUAUGUAGUGUUGACCCCAGCGCGACGUAGCAUUUGUGUAGCGGUGCCGCGGGGUCCCAAAUGCUAUAAUUUUAUAACUUCUUUCGUAAACAAACAUUUAUGUGUAUACAUUUUAUUUGAACAAUAAGAAACCCUUUUGAACAAUAGUUCGUGGUUCUCUGGUGUCUGCUUUUAGUCCCAUGUUGUUGGAAUAUGGUGUUUACAGUUGCAAUUUGU